GUUCGUCAAGUGUUGUCAGACUCUAGGGUGCUAUUCUAGAGGCACACUUGAACAGUCGAGAGUCCAGUCUGGUUCGUCCCAUUCCACAAUGCCACACCGCCAGCCUGGUUUGUCCACCCAAACUUGCGAUAGACUCGCGCACUUCAGCGCCGUUUCAAGACCAGAAUGGAGGACCCUAGAGGAAACGGGCGCCACCGGCUUGGGCACUCUAGAGGAGUUGAGACUGCGGGGCCAGAGUAAGGAGGAGCGGCGGACGGGGGAGGAGCGGCGGAGUCAGGAGGAGCGACAAAGUUGGGAGGAGUGGCGGAGACGGGAGGAGCGGUGGAGGGGGCAGACAGGGGAGAAGUGGCGAAAGGGGAGGAGCUGCGGAAGGGGAGGAGAGGCAGACAGGGGAGCAGCGGCGGAAGAGGAGCGACGGACGGGGAGGAGCAGCGGGCGGGGGAGCAGCGACAGAAGGGGAGGAGCAGCGGACGAGGGAGGAGCGACGGGUGGGGGAGGAGCGGCGAAGUCGGGAGCAGCGGCGGAGUCGGGAGGAGCGGCGGAGUCGGGAGGAGCGGCAGAGUCGGGAGGAGUGGCGGAGUCGGUAGGAGCGGUAGAGUCGGGAGGAGCUGCUGAGUCAGGAGGGGCGGCGGACGGGGGAACAACGACGGAAGUGGAGGAGCGGCGGACGGGGGAGGAACAACAGAGUUGGCAGGAGCGACAAAGUCAGGAGGAGUGGCGGAGUUGGGGAGGAGCGGGGAGCAAUGGCGGAAGGGGAGGAGCAGCGGAGUCAGGAGAAGCGGCAAAGUCGGGAGGAGUGGUGGAGUUGUGACGCCCCAACCUCAUGCCCGA